GACCCAAGAUUUUUACAAAUAAAUCAAUAUAAUCACUGUGCUUACAGAUAUACCUUGUUUUGUCGAUGUGCAAGGGAAUUAGGUGAAGACCACCCACGAUGCAAGUUUCAAUAUUACCGUUCACAAAUUGCCUGUACUGCAGAACAACUUGAAGACUGGGAUGACAAUAGACAAAAAGGAACAUGCGCAAUGGAUACAUUACCUGACAAAUUAACUGCUCAUUUAAGACAAUAA